CACUGUCAGAGAAGACAUUAAAAAAGUUUUGGCGACAUUUAGGAAAUUUCGCUCAAGUUGCUGCAAGGGAAGUGAACAAUGAAAUAAACCAAAAGGCUGCGCUGAUUAGUAACUCAUUUUCUGAUGAGAUUGAGCCAAUUGUUACAAUAUUGUCAAAGAUGUACGAGACCAAUGAGUAUCAUCUCAGAGAUAUCACAGACGCUACAUUACAACAACUGAAUGAUAUUGAGCACAUGUCAGAGAAAUACAUUUCAAUUGGGAAAGAAAAGCUCGAAGUCAACUUUGGUAGCUGUAUUGAAAACUGGAAAGAGAAAGUUCAGGCUUCAUUUAUCAAAAUAGAAAAUGCUGCCGGAUACAUUGUACUAAAAACAGCCGAUCUCUACAAGACAUAUUCAGAUCACGCAUACAAUUUGAGCAAACCGAUGACCAAAUCAAUUAAGGAAAAGUACAAUAACUACGUGCAAUACAUAAAUCAAAUAGACACUUCUAGAAUGGCAGAUGUUUACAACUCCGCCAUUUAUGGCGCACGUGACAUCAUCAACUCACAGUUAUCACUAGUAAUGUCAAAUAGGGUUUAUUAUCA